AUGUCGAGCGAGGCGAGCGAAAUGAAAAGUUCGCCUCGAUUUGAGUUGAUAUGUGCUGCAAUGUUGGGAUUUGGGCAGCUUUGUAUUAUGACGGGAUUCGAUUCGGAGAGUUUUAUUCUGGAGUCGGUGAUUCAUUCGAUACAUGAAAGAGAGCCGGAGAAGAUUAGCUCGCUGGCCGGAUAUUAUGGGUGAGUCAAAAAAUUUGAACUCAGAAAAUGUUCGGAAAGGCUUCGGAUUUUUAUUAUAAUCAGAAUCUCUCAUGAUUUUAUCCCCGAAAAAAAUUCCAGUCAAGCUGUAAUCUACGCAGCCUACAUGAUCGGAUGUAUUUUCUCUCCAUCAAUCCUAAAUGCUACAAACUCCUCAAAAACAUGUCUAAUUGUCUCCGCAAUAUUCUUCACAGCAUUUCCGAUUGGAUUCCUCUUUACAAACUCGUACUAUUACUAUUUUUCAAGUUUUUUACUGGGAAUUGGAUUUGCCUGUAAGAACUAUUUUCUUUAAUUCUGAUUCUGAUUCAAAUUAUCACCCAGAACCCUUUGUUUUUCAGUAUUUUACCAAGGUCAAGGAGGAUAUCUAACAUCUCAUUCAACUCGAGAAUCAAUUGAGUCAAAUGUUUCGAUAUCUUGGUCAGUUGGAUGUUGUUGUAUGAUUGUUGGAUCGAUGAUUAUUGCUGGAGUCACCAAAUUAACACAAUCACAUAUGGUUGUCGAUGAAACGCACAAGUUCGAAAGACGAUUUAGUGAUCUUGAAAUGUAUGUGUUUGAGUUUAGAAUUAGUUGGGUUGGGUACAUUGUGAUUAUGUAAAAUAAUAUGGAAAUUUGUUGGGGAUUGGAGGAGAGAAGUGUUUUGGGUUCAAAUGAUGAAAAAUUUGCAGAACUCUUCUCUUCGCCGCUCUCUCUGCAAUCUCAACAAUCGGAAUUGCAAACUUCCUUUUCCUACCCUCAAAAGACACUGAAAACUGCAUCGAAAGCACAAAAAAUGAGAAAACUUUCAUGGAGGGUUUGAAAUUGAUGUGGGAAGCAUUGACAUCGACGAAAAUGCUCAAAUUGAUUCCACUUUUUGUUUUGUGCGGAUUGAACACGUCAUUCUGGUUAUCGGUUUUUCCAACCGCAAUGAACUUCAAUAUGAAUAAUUCGAAUAUGAUUUAUAUUACAGCUAUUUAUAGUUUCGGUGUUGGCUUGGGUGAAGUUCUCAGUGAGUGAAAGAAUUUCAGAUAUUAAUGUGACCUUUUAUGUAAUAUAUUCUAGUGGGCCUUGCCAUCUCAUUUUUCUCCCGAAGAAUAAAAGAUUUCGGUUUGCUCCCAACAAUGUUCAUCGGCUCAACUCUUCUCACAGUCUAUUGUUCUCUCAUCUUCCUCUCAACUCCUUAUGAUGCAAAUUAUCAACCAACCCAUAAAGAACCAAUUCUUUUCUAUCAUUCUCAACCCUUCAUUUUCAUAUUGGCUCUGAUUAUUGGAAUCUCUGAUUGUUGUGUUAAUAGUGUUCGAAGUGUUGUUUGCGCUUUGGUUAUGCCAAGAAGAAGAGCACAAGCAUUCUCGGUUUCCAAAUUUCAUCAGGUUCGUUUAAAAGUUUAGGGUGACAUUUUCUGAAUGUCGUAGCAUUUUUUAAUCUUUCGUAUAGCCUGAUUUUUUGAGCUGGUGCAGAGAACUUUUUGAAAAAAAUAAUCCAAAAGUCUGGAUUUUUUCUAAUUAAUGUUCAAACUACAAACAAAAAUCCAACGAAACACCUGCUACAAACAAAUUGAAUAACUCAGCGUUUCCGUACGUAGCUUAAAGGAACACCAAAAGCUAAAAAGCUUCCGCCGGUCUUCAUUCUUGUGCUCGCUCAUCCAGUGCAAGAUUCAAAUCGAUUUGUAUUUUACACCGUUUGAGAAAAAAAUAAAGUCAUGAAAAAUCACAUAACAAAAACAAACUUCAAAAAACGAUAAAAAAUGAAAAUAUAAAACAUACUUUCAGCUUUAUUGUUACUAUCAUCAAGCGACUUUUUGAUGAAAUAACUUUUUUUCAUUUUUAAAUCAUUUUUUCCCAAGAUACUUGUCCAUAUCCACAAAAAACCCAAUCUAUCCCCCUUCUUGUCUCGAAGUUCUAACAACCUUUAGAAACAACACAUGCCUAAUUCAUAUUUCAAAAAAAAAGAAAUAUUAUUUCUCCCGACCUGAAAGUUUCUAAAAGAUUCAAAAACUUCCUUUCAAAAGAAUCCUCGAUUCAAAAGCAAAUCAGUUUAAAAAAUUUAGAACUCUACAGAACUCCCUCAGACUAAAACUUCACUACUAAAUCGAACCCAAAAAAAUAACUAACCUUUGAAAUUUCGAUCGUCCCUCGAUCAUCUCUUCGCUCAAAUAUUGAUGUAUUGUUCCUUGUUUUCCAACAAAAUACAUCUCGAAUAUUUUCAGCCACGAAUCUGAAAAAUAUUUUAAAUUUAAAGAAACUUUUGGUUGUUUUUUUUUAUUGAUUCAAAACGCUUGUGCAAAAUAUCUGCGUCCAUACGAGAGAGUCUCGCGAGAGAGAGAAGAGACAAAAAGAUAGUGAAAUCCCGGGUGAUCUACAGUGAUUUUUAAUUAAAUAAAAAAAAUUGCGGGACUAGGUUAUUUUAAAAUUUAAAAAAACAGUUUUUUUAAUUUAACAAAAAAAAUAAUUUCGCAGUGUUGAAGAUAAUAGAUCUAAGAUUGUAGUGAGAUGAUUAUUUUUGGUUUCAGCUUUGGGAUAAAAUUUACAAUCUAUAUAAUCUUUAUUUUUUUGUGAUUUGAAAUUUGUUUAUGGGACUAUUCAAGUUAUUUUCUCAACGCUGAGAAAAGCGAAGAAAACCUAUUCAGGUAGGCUGAGAAAAUACGAAAAAAGAGAAGAAAAUACAUUUUCUCCGCAUUUCUCCUGUUUUCUCAGCGUGUUGAGAAAAUACUUGAAUAGCCCCAUUAUCAAAUUCAUUAUAUAUCUUGUAAUUAACAUUGUUUGAGUAUAUUUAUCAAUUUUGUUUUAUUUGCUGCGAAAAGUUGUUGAUUGACAUUGAUUAAUUCGAGUUCUGAAGUGUUUGUUUGAAUACGCUAGGGUGACAAUUAGCUUUUGGUGUUCCUUUAAGCUACGUCCGCAAAUGCUGAGAACCAAAAUACAAUUUUUUGAAAUUUUUUAAAUCGAAAAGAAAAAUUCUCAUCACUAGUUUAAAAACAAAAAAGUUGGGUGAACGUAAGAACUUUCCUAUUUUGAGUUUUUGUUAAAUUUUUUGUCGAAUUUUUGAACAAUUCCAAAUUUAACAUUAAUUGUUUUUUUGGAAUUUCAGAACUUGAUUUUUGGAGAAAAAAUUGUUGAAGGACUCUUGAAAUUAUUUCCAAAAAAAUCAGCUGCUGGAAAAUGAAACGUUUUCAAAGUUCACCUUACGGUUCUUUGGUCUCAAAAUUAAAUUCCAAAUGAAAAUUGUUCUAGGCCUAACUCUAUCUAAAAUAUUUUUCUCAGGCCUGGGCUUCCUGCAUUCUCUUCUUCAUCACUCCCUACCUCAACAUCUACAUCUACACAAUCGGUCUUCCAAUUCUCUCAACAAUCGCCUCUCUAUUUUUCUUCCGAGUUGCUCGUCGAAUUCAAACGAUGGAGCGAAGAAAAUUGACUAUUCAACAACGAAGUCUUCACAAAAUCUGA